GAGUGCCGCUGAAGUGGGAAGAAAGGGUAGAGGAGAAAGACCACUGGGAAAACGAGAGGAGAAGGAGAAAGAUGGAGCCCAUAUCUUUAGAUCAGGCUGCAACGGUGGAUGAGCUGGUGGAAGCGUGCAUCCGUGCCUUCGGUCAGUCUCUUUAUUUGCCUAUGAGCACUCAAAUAUACCUGCUACUCAAUGUCAAAAUUAGGGCUCUCCAACCCUGUUCCUGGAGAGCUACAGUCCUGUACGUUUUCGCUCCAACCCUAAUCUAGCACACCCGACUCUAAUAAUUAGUUGGUUGAUUAGUGACAUUAUAAUAAUGGCGCUGGAGAAGAAGGCUGCCGUUUUACAGCCCUCUAACCAAUUGUACUAUUAUGUGUGUUUUUCCGCGUUAUUUGUCAUUUAUUUUGUACAUGAUGUUUCUGCCAUUGUCUCUUAUAACCAAAAAGAGCUUCUGGAUAUCAGGACAGCGAUUACUCACCUCGUAUUGGACGAAGAUUUUUUCUUCAACGAGGUGGCCGCGAAGGAUAUCCUACAGACACCUGACAAGGCCCAAAUCCCUGUCAUUCGCAUGAGGAAGAGACGGAGAUAUCGUGGACGUAGGUCGGGGUGCCUUGUAAGGAUCCGACGGCGAGCGAGUAAACUGCCGCUCCCAUCAAUCCUAUUAGCCGAUCUUCAAUCAUUUGAGAAUAAAUUGGAUGACUUAAGAUUACAGUUAUCCUACCAACGGGACAUUAAAAACUGUAAUAUCUUAUGUUUCACCGAGUCGUGGCUGAACGACGACAUGGAUAACAUACAGCUAGCGGGCUAUACGCUACAUCGGCAGGAUAGAACGUCUGACUCCGGUAAGACAAGGGGUGGCGGUCUGUGUAUAUUUGUAAACAACAGCUGGUGCACAAAAUCAAAUACUAAGGAAGUCUCGAGGUUUUGCUCGCCUGAGGUAGAGUAUCUUAUGAUAAGCUGUAGACCACACUAUUUACCAAGAGAGUUUUCAUAGCUGUCUAUUUACCACCACAAACCAAUGCUGGCAUUAAGAUUGCACUGAAUGAGCUGUAUAAGGCCAUAAGUCAACAGGAAAACGCUCAUCCAGAGGGGAGCGCUCCUAGUGGCCGGGGACUUUAAUGCAGGGAAACUUAAAUCAGUUCUACCUAACUUCUACCAGCAUGUGAAAUGUGCAACCAGAGGAAAAAAAACUCUAGACCACCUUUACUCCACACACAGAGACGCAUACAAAGCUCUCCCUCGCCCUCCAUUUGGCAAAUCUGACCAUAACUCUAUCCUCCUGAUUCCUGCUUAUAAGCAAAAACUAAAGCAGGAAGCACCAGUGACUCGGUUAAUAAAAAAGUGGUCAGAUGACACAGAUGCUAAGCUACAGGACUGUUUUGCUAGCACAGACUGGAACAUGUUCCGGGAUUCUUCAGAUAGCAUUGAGGAGUACACCACAUCAGUCACUGGCUUCAUCAAUAAGUGCAUCGAUGAUGUCGUCCCCACAGUGACCGUACGUACAUACCCCAACCAGAAGCCAUGGAUUACAGGCAACAUCCGCACUGAGCUAAAGGGUAGAGCUGCCGCUUUCAAGGAGUGGGACUCUAACCCGGACGCUUAUAAGAAAUCCCGCUAUGCCCUCCGACGAACCAUCAAACAGGCAAAGAGUCAAUACAGGACUAAGAUUGAAUCGUACUACACCGGCUCUGACACUCGUCGGAUGUGGCAGGGCUUGAAAACGAUUACAGACUACAAAGGGAAGCACAGCCGCGAGCUGCCCAGUGACACAAGACUUCCAGACGAGCUAAACCACUUCUAUGCUCGCUUCGAGGCAAGCAACACUGAAACAUGCAUGAGAGCACCAGCUGUUCCGGAUGACUAUGUGAUCACGCUCUCCGUAGCCGAUGUGAGUAAGACUUUUAAGCAGGUCAACAUUCACAAGGCCGCAGUGCCAGACGGAUUACCAGGACGUGUACUCCGAGCGUGUGCUGACCAACUGGCAAGUGUCUUCACUGACAUUUUCAACAUGUCCCUGACUGAGUCUGUAAUACCAACAUGUUUCAAACAGACCACCAUAGUCUCCGUGCCCAAGGACUCUAACCUGCCUAAAUGACUACCGACCCGUAGCACUGACGUCUGUAGCCAUGAAGUGCUUUGAAAGGCUGGUCAUGGCUCACAUCAACACCAUUAUCCCAGAAACCCUAGACCCACUCCAAUUUGCAUACCACCCCAACAGAUCCACAGAUGAUGCAAUCUCUAUUGCACUCCACACUGCCCUUUCCCACCUGUACAAGAGGAACACCUACGUAAGAAUGCUAUUCAUUGACUACAGCUCAGCAUUCAACACCAUAGUGCCCUCAAAGCUCAUCACUAAGCUAAGGAUCCUGGGACUAAACACCUCCCUCUGCAACUGGAUCCUGACGGGCGGGCCGCCCGCAGGUGGUAAGGGUAGGUAACAACACAUCUGCCACACUGAUCCUCAACAUGGGGGCCCCUCAGGGGUGCGUGCUCAGUCCCCUCCUGUACUCCCUGUUCACCCAUGACUGCAUGGCCAGGCACGACUCCAACACCAUCAUUAAGUUUGCCGACGACACAACAGUGGUAGGCCUGAUCACCGACAACGAUGAGACAGCCUAUAGGGAGGAGGUCAGAGACCUGGCCAUGUGGUGCCAGGAUAACAACCUCUCCCUCAACGUGACCAAGACAAAGGAGAUGAUUGUGGACUACUGGAAAAAAAAGAGGACUGAGCACGCCCCCAUUCUCAUCGACGGGGCUGUAGUGGAACAGGUUGAGAGCUUCAAGUUCCUUGGUGUCCACAUCACCAACGAACUAUCAUGGUCCAAACACACCAAGACAGUCAUGAAGAGGGCACAACAAAGCCUAUUCCCCCUCAGGAGACGGAAAAGAUUUGGCAUGGGUCCUCAGAUCCUCAAAAAAUUCUACAGCUGCACCAUCGAGAGCAUCCUGACUGGUUGCAUCACCGCCUGGUAUGGCAACUGCUUGGCCUCCGACCGUAAGGCACUACAGAGGGUAGUGCGUACGGCCCAGUACAUCACUGGGGCCAAGCUUCCUGCAAUCCAGGACCUCUAUACCAGGUGGUGUCAGAGGAAGGCCCUCAAAAUUGUCAGACUCCAGCCACCCUAGUCAUAGACUGUUCUCUCUGCUACCGCACGGCAAGCGGUACCGGAGUGCCAAGUCUAGGUCCAAAAGACUUCUCAACAGCUUCUACCCCCAAGCCAUAAGACUCCUAAACAGCUAAUCAUGGCUACCCGGACUAUUUGCACUGCUCUUUUUUUCUCAACACUUUUUUGUUUUAUUCUACUUUUUUAUUUAAAAUAAAUGCACUGUUGGUUAAGGGCUGUAAGUAAGCAUUUCACUGUAAUGUCUGCACCUGUUGUAUUCGGCGCAUGUGGCCAAUAACAUUUGAUUUGAUAAGAUGAGUCAGAUUAGUUACAUCUGGGGUUGGUGCGAAAACCUGUAGGAGGCUAGCGCUAGCUCUCUAGCAACAGGGUUUGAUAGCCCUGGUCUAAAUAAACCUCAACUUUGUGCAAUCAGAAUAACAUUUCAUUUCUAGGAACGGAUUGCAAGGAGAAUAACAUUUCUAGGAAUAGAUACCAAUUUCCCAUGUGUCCAUGCACCACCAUACAUAGCUAAUGUUGUCAGUCUCAAAUCAAUAGUAAUUGGUUGUCUUAUUUGCAGUAACACUUCAGUCAUUUGGCUGACUGCUCUUUAGUGUAAAUGACAUACAGUGUCUGUUGUGUGAUGAGAAUGUGUCUGUCCUCUUUCAGAUGAGAAGGGCACUUUGAAGGACCCCUCCGUAGUGCGCAUGUUCCUCAUGAUGCACCCUUGGUACCUCCCCUCCACCGACAUGGCUAAGAAACUACUGCUCAAGUAUCCUUCACCAUCAGGCACCUGCUUAUGGCUUGUCAGGUCUUGUCAGCUACUGUAGGAGCAACAUAUACUCUUUAACCUUAAAAGCGCCCACACGCACUGAGUAUACCAAACAUUAGGAACAACUUCCUAAUAUUGAGUUGCACCCGCUCCAUUUGCCCUCUGAACAGCCUCAAAUCAUCGGGGCGUGGACUCUACAAGGUGUCGAAAGCGUUCCACAGGGAUGCUGGCCCAUGUUGACUCCAAUGCUUCCCACAGUUGUGUCAAGUUGGCUGGAUGUCCUUUGGGUGGUGGACCAUUCUUGAUACACACAGGAAACUGUUGAGCGUGAAAAACCCACGGCGUUGAAGUUCUUGACACAAACCGGUGCUCCUGGCACCUACUAGCAUACUCCGUUCAAAGGCACUUAAAUAUUUUGUCUUGCCCAUUCACCCUCUGAAUGGCACACAUGCACAACAAUUCAUGUCUCAAGGCUUAAAAAUCCUUCUUUAACCUGUCUCCUCCCUUUCAUCUGCGCUGAUUUUGAAGUGGAUUUAACAAGGGACAUCAAUAAGAGAUCAUAGCUUUCACUUGGAUUCACCUGGUCAGUCUGUCAGGUGUCAUUUUUGGUAAUAAUUGCAAGCAGGAACACUUUAUUUGUUAACCGUUUAUAACACAAGUAAAUGUUUUGAAUUCCCCAAAAUAAGCAUAUAUUUUAAAAUGUUCAUACACUAUAGUUAAAUUGUAUGUUUCAAAAUACACGUUUUUGUAUGUUUUUUAAAUGUUUUUUCAUCGUGGUCCUCUGUAGCUCAGCUGGUAGAGCACAGCGCUUGUAACGCCAAGGUAGUGGGUUCGAUCCCCGGGACCACCCAUACACAAAAAUGUAUGCAUGCAUGACUGUAAGUCGCUUUGGAUAAAAGCGUCUGCUAAAUGGCAUAUUAUAUUAUAUAUUAUAUAUUAUAUUAUUAUAUAUAUAUUAUAUGUCCAUAGCCACUUGUUAUGGACAUUUGUCUGUUAUUCAUUCAAGUGUUGUGAUUCUCGGAGGCUGAGAAAUUGGCAAUUGAGCUAAUCUGAGCUAAUAAAAUGGCCACCGAUAUGACCGAUUUUAUAUGCGAUAUGUGCACCGGUGCCAUCAGACUUUUGGCUCUAACUUUGGAAUGCUAUGGGCUAUCAACUCAGUUCCAAUUGCAUCUGAAAGAUGAGACUCUCAACUUGGUGUAGAGACAUUACUGGAAGCUAAAUAUGUAUUUAAAUUUUUUGUAUUUUUUUUUUAGUUAUAGUGGCUGUCACACCCCCCAAAUCUAGGGUGGCUCCAAAUCUAUUAUCUUUUCAGGGUACAUACAUCUACCUCUGUGCCAAAUUUGGUGCGUUUAUCACAAAGUUUACAAUUGAGUCCACAUUUUCAGCUUAGCUGUGUACAACUAGUAUACAAAAGAGAGAUAUAUUUUUCAUUCUUCUAUUUGCAUAGAAAUCAUGGUAAAUUGUUUUUUUGUUGUUGUCUUUAACUAGUUGCUUGACAAAGACCUGACAUUUCUGAAGGAUCUUUAUGACAUUUUUGACCCAUUGGGGUCAAAAUGGAACCCUGUUGGUACUUUUAGGGUUAAGGUGUCAGUGAAUGGAAUGGAAGGUGUAAGUUGGAUGGAAUGUUCCCAGUGGGCAAAACUGGUUGCAAUUAAGUAUGUUGUGAUGCCAAGGAUGUUUAUGAAAUUUCUUUGUAGAUGUUUUAUGUACCUUAACAGUUGAUCAGAUCACAGGAGGAGAGCUGUACUGCUGAACUCAGGACAAGAAUCUGCCACCUGGUGAAGUAAGACACAUUUGCAAUUGCUUUUGUUAUUAGCUUGGGGAUGUCUCUUUAUUGCUUUAUCCCUCACUAUGUCUCUGUUUCUCUUUUUCUCCCUCUCCCUCUCUAGGUACUGGAUUUCGGAGUUCCCGGCAGAGUUCAAUCUGAACCCAGAACUGGCAGAGCAGAUUAAAGACCUCAAGGACCUCUUGACCACCGAGGGGAACGAGCGCCAGAGUCAGCUCAUUGACAUCGACAGUGUGUAAGUGUUCCUGUUCAGUGAUUUCUACCUCCACCAGCCUCCACUGGUGUGACUGUCCCCAUUCUACACUAAAGUGUGUGUAGUCGGUGUGUCCUUGACUGCAGUGUGUAUGUAUACCCACGCUACACAGGUGUCAAGUUUAUCUGCCGUAUAAGAAAUACUCACCAGAGCUCGAACAACAAAACAGCAUUAAAAACAGCCGAAAGUUCCGAAAACCGCACAUUGUUCAGAUACUACAGUGCCUAUGGCUGUGUUUACACAGGCAGCCCAAUUCUGAUAUUUCUUUAAACAAAUGUGUCUUUUGACCAAUCAGAUCAGCUCUGAAAAGGUCUGAUGUGAAAAGAUAUAUUGUGAUUGGAUAAAAGACCAAUUAGUGGAAUAAAUAUCAGAAUUGGGCUGCCUGUGUAAACGCAGCCUUUGUGUCCACAUGCUGCCUUACAUGGCUCGUUCUUAGGCCAGAGGCUGGGACCUCGUGUGACAGAGCUCCUAAAUGACCCGUCCUAUUUCCUUUGUCUGUCUGUGGUAUCCCUAGUAUCCCUAGUAGUUUCAUAAACAUCUGCUAAGAGUUUUCUUUCUUUUAUUGCAUCUUCUGUACUGUCUUCUUUCCUCCAUUCCACAUCCAUCACAGUCGUAGUUUCAGGCCCCAUUGUAGAGACUAAUGCAGCAUGCUAUAUUUUGUUAGCCUGGAAUGCAAACUGAAUAUCGCUCUGUUUCACAUUUUACAAACAUAGUGAAACAGAGCAAAAUUCAGUUUGGAUUCCAGGUUUGAGUUUUACAGUGCUUUGAAAAAGUAUUCAGACCCCUUGGAUUUCUUCACAUUUUAUUGUUGCAAAGUGGGAUUAAAAUGGAUUUAAUUGUCAUUUGUUGUCAACAAUAGACACAAAAUAUAUAUAUUUUUAAGAUUUAAUAUAAAAUAACAAAAAUAUAGUCGUUGCAUAAGUAUUCAGUCCAUUUGUUUAGUCAAGUCAAGCCUAAAUUAGUUCAGGAGUUAAAUUUGGCUUAACAAAUCACAUAAAAAGUGGACUCACUCUGUGUGAAAUAAGGGGUUGACAUGAUUUUUAAAUGACUAACCCUUCCUCUGUCCCCUAUACAUACAUCUGUAAGGUCCCUCGGUCAAGUAUUUAAUUUUAAGGACAGAUUCAACUACAAAGACCAGGGAGCUUUUCAAAAGCCUCAUAAAAAAGGGCAGUGAUUGGUAGAUGGGUAACAAUAACAAACUAGCCAGACACAUCAAAGAUACAGUCGUCCUUCUGAACUGAGCCGCAGGACAAGAAACUGCUCAGGGAUGUUAGCAUGAGGCCGUUGUUGAUUUGAAAAUGGCUACAGAGUUCAAUGGCUGUGAUGGGAGAGAACAAAGGAUGAAUCAACAACAUUGUAGUGACUCUACAGUGAAAGAACAAAAAUAUACAAAAUAUAAAUAUUCCAAAACAUGCAUAUUGUAUGGAACAAGGCACUAAAGUAAUUCUGCAAAAAAAGAUGGCAAAAUAAUACACUUUUUGGCCUAAAUGCAAAGGCCUAUGUUUGGGGCAAAUCCAACACAACACAUCACUGAGUAACUGCAUGGUUGUGGCUGCAUCAUGGUAUGGGUAUGCUUGACAUUGGCAAAUACUGGUUCAGUCUGCUUUACACCAGACACUGGGAGGGGAAUUCACCUUUCAGCAGGAUAAUAGCCUACAACACAAGGCCAAAUCUACACUGGAGUUGCUUACCAAGAAGACUGUGAAUGUUCCUGAGUGGCCAAGUUACGGUGUUGACUUAAAUCUGCUUGAAAAUCUAUGGCAAGACUUGAAGAUUGCUGUCUAACCAUGAUCCCCAACAUCUUAACAGAGCUUGAAGAAUUUUGAAAAGCAUAAUAGGCAAAUGUUGUACAACCCAGGUGUGCAAAGUUCUUAGACACAGCUGUAAUUGCUGCCAAAGGUGUUUUCUAACAUGUAUGGACUCAGGGAGCUGAACACUUAUGCAAUGGCUAUAUUGUAUUUUAUUAGUCCACUUUGACAUGACAGCAUUUUGUGUAGAUUGUUGACAAAAAAUGACAAUUAAAUCCAUUUUAAUCCCACUUUGUAACACAAACUGGAAGACAUCUGGGUUGCACCACUCCCUUUUGCCCUCAGAACAGCCUCAAUUCGUCGGGGCAUGGACUCUACAAGGUGUCGAAAGCGUUCCACAGGGAUGCUGGCCCAUGUUGACUCCAAAGCUUCCCACAGUUGCCCAAUGGGUGGUGGACCAUUUCUUGAUACACAUGGGAAACCCCAGCAGCUUUGCAGUUCUUGACACACUCAUACCGGUGCGCAUGGCACCUACUACCAUACCCCAUUCAAAGGCACUUUAAUCUUUUGUCUUGCCCAUUCAACCUCUGAAAUGCACACAUACACAAUCCAUGUGGACUCAAUUAAAAAAAAAUGUGGACUCAAUUAAAAAUCCUUCUUUAACCAUUCUCCUCUCCUUCAUCUACUAAGUGGAUUUAACAAGUGACAUCAAUAAAGGAUCAUAGCUUUCACCUUGAUUCACCUGGUCAGUCUGUCAUGGAAAGAGCAGGUAUUCUUAAUGUUUUGUACACUCAGUGUAUGUACUUGGGCCCAAACAUGAUAUUGUAUGCUUUUUGUCCCCCUUAGACCGUCGUACAAAUGGAAGCGUCAGGUGACCCAGCGGCAACCCUCUAUGUCCAAGAAAAGGAAGAUGUCUCUGCUGUUUGACCACCUGGACUCCUGCGAGCUGGCCACACACCUCACCUACCUGGAGUACAAGUCCUUCUGCAAGAUACUGGUAGGUGGGGCUGUGUGGAGCAGUGUGUCUGUCCACCAGAUCUGGGUUCAUAGUAUUUGUUUUCUUUCAAAUACUUAAACUUGCUCUUGAUUGACCUUGCCUGGUACAAUAUAACUAAUGGAAUAGUGCCAAGUGCAAACCUCAUUCACCUGUCACUCAAGGCAGACUCAAUUAAACACUCAUUGCUCAUUAAACAUGGGACUUAUGUUGACUUAUAUUACAUUUAGUCAUUUAGCAGACACUCUUAUCCAGAGCGACUUACAGUUAGUGAGUGCAUACAUUUUUCAUACUGUGGGCGUAACUGCUUUUGUAUUCCCACUUAAUCCAUUACAUUUCUCUGCCCCUCUUCCAGUUCCAGGACUACCACAGCUUUGUGAUGCAUGGCUGCACGGUGGACAACCCCAUCCUGGAGCGCUUUAUCACCCUCUUCAACAGUGUGUCUCAGUGGAUCCAGCUCAUGGUGCUCAGCAAGCCCACUGCCCCCCAGAGGGCAGAAGUCAUCUCCCACUUCAUCAGGGUGGCUCAGGUACGUAGGCUGGGGCAGAUUGGAGUUGGAAUUUUCCUGUUAUUUAAUCUAUUCUGAGGGAAGCUCUUAACCUGAGUGCCAGUCUAUUUGUGCUAUCACGUCAACUCCUUGUCACUCAUUGUCAUGUUUGGCUUGACGAUAACAGCAAUGGAGUUGGCAAGAGCACAAACAGAUCUGGGACUGGGCUAGUAGGCUCUAUCUCGAGGUCAUAAACAAAUGUAACUGGUUAAUGUUAUACAGUAAAUGUCAUUGGUUAACUUUAGGCAAAUAAUCCCAGUUGGUUAUGGUUAGGGCAAGGGGUUGGGUCCUGGCCCACUUAGGGCAGUGCCAUGAUUGUUGUAAAGCCUUGUGUUAGCGGUUGAGAUGAGACUGGGGAGUUCUGUCUUGGGGAGGAAAGGGAGGGAGAUGUAGAUAUGGACAGAGAUUGGAUACAUACCAAACUAACCUUAAGAAAAAAACGACGGUUACACUUCAGGUAUUAUGAACUGUAUUCGUAGACAAUUACUGUCCAUUAUUCCUUACAUAAAUGAUCCAAGUGUGCUUAUAAGUAGUGCUAUUCUCUCAGUACUACUACUACCAGUGGGUGUCCCCGCUAACAGACGAGGCUAUAUUUGGAUUUGUUAAAGAAGAAUGUUUAGAGGAAUGUUUGGAGUGUGCUUCCCCAAUGCCACUCUCUUCUCUCUCCAAAACAAACUCUUCAUGAUUUAUUCACUGACAACUCGGCAGGCUUCCACCCCCCCCACCCUCUCUCACCCCACCCUUUAACCCUCCUCUGCCAAAUAUGCCUGAGAUCAAAUAGCCCAGCUGGGUGCUAGAGAGCUAGUUUAGCACCCCGACUGAGUUUGUUAAAAAAACACUUUGCCACCCAAAAUUUGUAGAAUGAAAGAUUUUUCUCGCAAUUAUUUUGGAUGGUGAUAGGAGAAAAAGACGCCCAAAUCUAUAUGCCACCUAAAGGUUGGGUGGGUGCAUUUUCCAACGCUGUGAUCCUGCUACAAUAAACCCCAGGGAAGGGUUACCUCCUGCUCUCAUUCCUGCUCCCUCUCUCUCUUUCCCCUUUCACACCUCCCUCUCUCACUCACUCUCUGCUCAUCCCUUCCAAAUAUAAUUUGCUCUUUCCAUUUUCUCUGCAGUCCUUCUCACCCAUAUUUUCUCUCUUUUGUCUCUCCCCUAACCUCUCUGCACAAUCCAUAGGCUUUUACCCAUACACCCCUUUUGAUUUGUCAUCAUUUUUAUUAAUUUUUUCACAUGUAUUUAACCAGGUAAGCCAGUUGAGAACAAGUUCUCAUUUACAACUGCGACCUGGCCAAGAUAAAGCAAAGCAGUGCGAUAAAAACAACAACACAGAGUUACAUAUGGGGUAAACAAAACAUAAGGUCAAAAAUACAAACAGAAAAUCUAUAUACAGUGUGUGCGAAUGUAGUAAGUUAUGGAGGGAAGGCAAUAAAUAGGCCAUAGUGCAAAAUAGUUACAAUUUCGUAUUAACACUGGAAUGAUAGAUGUGCAAAAGAUGAUGUGGAAAUAGAGAUACUGGGGUGCAAAUUAGCAAAAUAAAUAACAAUAUGGGGAUGAGGUAGUUGGGUGGGCUAAUUUCAGAAUGGCUGUGUACAGGUGCAGUGAUCGGUAAGCUGCUCUGACAACUGAUGCUUAAAGUUAGUGAGGGAGAUAAGUCUCCAGCUUCAGAGAUUUUUGCAGUUCGUUCCAGUCAUUGGCAAACCGAUAUGUUCUGGGUCGAUAACGCACUGUGCAGACAGUGCAGACUGGCCGAUAAUAGUUCAAGCUAGAGCUGGCUGGUAGGUAGUGCAGGCGACGGACAAUGGUGAGAAACCGCUAGCGGUGGCUAAUGGCAAGUAGCUAGUUAGGUGGCUACUCCCGUCCGGUAGACAGAGAGGUAGAUAACCGGGAUAUGGGCCUGGCUCAAGGCUAACUGGUGCUUGCUUCAGGGGCAGUGGUGAUUAGCCAAACAGCAACAUCCAAUUCGGUUGCAGCUAGCUAGUUGCAAUCCGGUGUUAAUGUCCAGUGAUUCAGUUAUUCCGGCAGAAAAUCCGAUGUUCUGGGUGAAAACCGCUAACGGUUGCUAAUAGCAAGUAGCUAGUUGGCUGGCUAGCUGGUAUCAACUGGAGAUUCUAGAUAAAAGGUAAGUCAAUAAUAGAAUCUGUUCCACAUUGAGUGAGGCGGGUUGCAGGAAAGUAUAUUUUGUAGAAGGAUGAAAAGUGUGAUAAGGAAAAUAUGUAUGAAAAAUACAAAAAAUACAAUAAACAGGCUAUUUACACAGACACACAACAAAGAACACGACCGCACUGCUAUGCCAUCUUGGAAUGUAAUGCUUGCCAGGAUUUCCCAUCAUACAUCAGAUAUUGUAUACGUCAGUCAUUAUGUAGUUACUUACAACUCCCUCACACACACAGCCCUGAUGCAGUACGUUACUUAUCCCACACAGUGGAACGCUUCGGCAUAUCGACAGGAUACCCUAAUAUUCCCUGUGUUAUCGAUACCUGUCACUGUUAGUCAGUGGGCUUUAUACAGCAGUUUAGUAGAGCUUCCAUCAUGCCAGCCAGCCACUCUACCACAAAGCUUUGCCCAUUGAUCAGAGCGUCAGGGCAGGUAUUUGAGCUUAACCAAAUGAUGCCCGCUGGCAGUCCUCCUGAACAGCUGGGAGCCCAUUGAUUUUCACUGGAUGCCAUGUGGGCUGAAGGGCAAAGCUUUGGCCUUGCAGAGCUCCAUUUACAGAAGUAUUACUGCAACUGUGACACAAUGAUUAUAACGUGUGCUGUGCUUCCUACUGUUUGAAUGGUAUUAUUAGACUAGACCCUAUAAUAUUCUAGUGUAGCGCAAGCAGUGCAGCUUAUUGCUUGAGGUUUGUGUGUGUGUGGGUUAGCUGGUGUGUGUAUAUGUGUGUGAGAGGGAGUGUGUAUGUGUGACCUUCCUGGGAUUUCUGUUAUCUCCUGCCUUUGUGUGCCUCCAAUUUCAUCCAAUCCCUCAAAGAGAAAAUUGUCUCUCUCUCACUGUUUAUAACUUGCUUACUCCUCUGGCUCAUUGUCAAUUGUUCCGUCUCCCUCUUCUCCUCCGUCUCUCUCGAAUCCUUGUUGGCACUGGCUCUUACACCCACACGUUAGCUUCUCUUCUUCCUCCAUGUCUCUCACCCCUCACUCACUCUCAGUGUUUCUCUCACCCACUGCCUCAUGUCUCUCUGAAUCGUUGAUAUUUCUUAUACCUCUUCUCUGUCUCAGCCUAGGUUAGUUCAUCAUUUGGAGUUCAGGUAGGUCUGUGAGCUUAGCAAACAAAGGAAAGUAGGAGGGGUGCUCAACAAAAAAAAAACAGCAUUUUAUUUUCUCCUUAUCCCCCUCCUGUCUUCUCUCUGUCGUAUAGAAACUGCUCCAGCUUCAGAACUUCAACACUCUGAUGGCGGUAGUGGGGGGGCUCAGUAACAGCUCUAUAUCUCGUCUCAAAGACACCCAGUCACACAUCAGCAACGAGACCAACAAGGUGAACUAACUAUGCUCAUCUCAUACCUUAUGUACACUUUAUGUUAUCACUCUUCAAACAGCCUGGUGUUGUCACCACAAUUACUAUCUGAGAACAUUAGCUCACAUCAUAAAACAGAAAGGAUUAGUUUAAAUCACAGACGGAGAGAUCAGGACAUCUUGUCAGUUACAUGAAGGAUUUGGAAAAUCUACUAUCACACAAUGUUAAUCCACACACGCUUCCCUCCCCCUCUUAACCAAUCCUUCCUCUCCUCCUUCAAUCAUCCCUCCAUCCCCCUCCUCCCUCCAUCCCCUCAGGUGUUCAACAGCCUGAUUGAGUUGUUGACAUCUUGUGGUAACUACAGCCAGUACCGCCGCCGCUUCUCCGAGUGCACAGGCUUCCGCUUCCCCAUCCUGGGCGUGCACCUCAAGGACCUGAUUGCCGUGCAUGUGGCACUGUCCGACUGGGCCGACCCGGGCAAGAGCAGGGUCAACCUGGCUAAGUGUCAACAGCUGUAUGCCAUCCUCCAGGAGCUGGCGCUGAUCCAGACCACACCACCCACCAUUGAUUCCAACACAGACCUGCUCAAUCUACUCACAGUUAGUGACACGUAUACAGUGAAAUAUAACAUGCCAUAUUGUAUAUUAAAUAUAUUCACUGAACAAAAAUAUAAACACGACAUGUAACAAUUUCAAAGAUUUUACAGAGUUACGGUUCAUAUAAGGAAAUCAGUCAAUUUAAGUAAAUUCAUUAGGCUCUAAUCUAUGGAUUUCACAUGACUGGGAAUACAGAUAUGCCUCUGUUGGUCACAGAUACCUUAAAAAAAAAAGGUAUGGGCCUGGAUCAGAAAACCAGUCAGUAUCUGGUGUGCCCACCAUUUGCCUCAUGCAGCGAGACACAACUCCUUCGCAUAGAGUUGAUCAAGCUGUUGAUUGUGGCCUGUGGAAUGUUGUCCCACUCCUCUUCAAUGGCUGUGCGAAGUUGCUGGAUAUUGGCGGGAACUGGAACACGCUGUCGUACACGUUGAUCCAGAACAUACCAAACAUGCUCAAUGGGUGACAUGUCUGAGCAUGCAGGCCAUGGAAAAACUGGGACAUUUCCAGCUUCCAUUAAUUGUGUACAUGAGGUGUUGGCGGCAGAUGAAUGGCAUGACAAUGGGCCUCAGGAUCUCAUCACGGUAUCUCUGUGCAUUCAAAUUGCAAUAAAAUGCAAUUGUUUUCGUUGUCCGUAGCUUAUGCCUGCCCAUAAUAACCGCACCGCCACCAUGGGGCACUCUGUUCACAACGUUGACAUCAGAAAACCGCUCACCCACACGACGCCAUACACGCUGUCUGCCAUCUGCCCGGUACAGUUGAAACCGGGAUUCGUCUUUUGAAGGGCACACUUCUCCAGCGUGCCAGUGGUCCUCUCGAAGGUGAGCAUUUUCCCACUGAAGUCGGUUACAAUGCUGAACUGUAGUCAGGUCAAGGACGACGAGCACGCAGAUGAGCUUCCCUGAGACUGUUUCUGACAGUUUGUGCAGAAAUUGUUCGGUUGUGCAAACCCACAGUUUCAUCAGCUGUCCGGGUGACGGGGUCUCAGACGAUCACGCAGGUGAAGAAGCCGGAUGUGGAGGUCCUGGACUGGUCUGCGGUUGUGAGGCCGGUUGGACAUACUUAUGGUAGAGAAAUGAACAUUCAAUUAUCUGGCAACAACUCUGGUGAACAUUCCUGCAGUCAGCAUGCCAAUUGCACACUCCCUCAAAAAAAAAAAAAAAAAAAAUCUGUGGCGUUGUGUCCCCAGCACAAGGUGCACCUGUGUAAUGAUCAUGCUGUUUAAUCAACUUCUUGAUAUGCCACAUCUGUUAGGUGGAUGGAUUAUCUUGGCAAAGGAGAAAUGCUCACUACAGGGAUGUGCACAACAUCUCAGAGAACUACGCUUUUUGUGCGUAUGGACAAUUUCUGGGAUCUUUUAUUUCAGCUCAUGAAACAUGGGACCAACACUUUACAUGUUGUGUUUAUAUUUUUGUUCAGUAUACACUACCGUUCAAAAAUGUGGGGUCACUUAGAAAUGUCCUUGUUUUCGAAAGAAAAGCAAUUUUCUGGUAGACAUUGUUAAUGUUGUAAAUGGCUAAUGUAGCUGAUUUUUUAUGGAAUAUCUACAUAGGUAUACAGAGGCCCAUUAUCAGCAACCAUCAGUCCUGUGUUCCAAUGGCAUGUUGUGUUUGCUAAUCCAAGUUUAUCAUUUUAAAAGGCUAAUUGAUCAUUAGAAAACCCUUUUGCAAUUAUGUUAGCACAGCUGAAAACUGUUGUGCUGAUUUAAAGAAGCAAUAAAACUGGCCUUCUUGAGACUAGUUGAGUAUCUGGAGCAUCAGCAAUUGUGGGUUCGAUUACAGGCUCAAAAUGGCCAGAAACAAAUAACUUUCUUCUGAAACUCGUCAGUCUAUUCUUGUUCUGAGAAAUGAAGGCUAUUCCAUGCGAGAAAAUACAUUAGUGUCUAGUUUGAGAAACAGACGCCUCACAGGUCCUCAACUGGCAGCCUCAUUAAAUAGUACCCGCAAAACACCAGUCUUAACGUCAACAGUGAAGAGGCGACUGGGAUGCUGACCUUCUAGGCAGAGUUGCAAAGACAAAGCCAUAUCUCAGACUGGCCAAUAAAAAGAAAAGAUUAAGGGCAGUCUGAGAUAUGGCUUUAUGUAGAUAUUCCAUUAGAAAUCAGCAGUUUCCAGCUACAAUAGCCAUUUACAACAUUAACAAUGUCUACGCUGUAUUUCUGAUCAAUUUGAUAUUAUUUUAAUGGACCAAAAAAAUGAUUUUCUUUUGAAAAUAAGGACAUUUCUAAGUGACCCCAAACUUUUGAACGGUAGUGUAUAUUCCCCACAUAUGGGGAUGGUGGGAUAUAUGGCUCUAUGUACCGAUGCAUUAACACAGACCUGCUCAACCAACUUGGUUAGUGUCACAUACUGUAUGUAGCCUGGUCACAGAUCUGUUUGGGCUGUCUUCCUAAUGCCAAGCUUGCCGUGACAAUGACCAUAGGAGUUGGCAAGAUGGCACAAACAGAUCUUGGACCAGGUUAGAGCGAUAUGUGGAUUCAUAUUGAAAAUAUAUUAAAUGUGUUUAAGAUAUAUUCCCCACAUGUGGGGGGGUGACAUUUAUUCCUUCACCCUUAUUACUAAUUUAUCUGUUGUAGAUUUAAUCUGGAUGUAACCAAUAUUUAUCUGGGUUAUGUCAUUUAGAAACUGCUGCUCCAAGAUGGCAGAAGGAUGAUUAUUUGUUUAAAAAUUAUACUUUUUUUUUUACACACUGACUAUAUAUAAUCUGCCAACAAAUCUCUCAAAUAUCUGGCAGUUAUGUGUUUCAAUGGUGAACUAGAGGCACACAAGGAUAUGCAUCAUUGACAAUAAUAGAAUAUAGUUAUGUAUGCAGGAGUUACGUUCCAAGACAUUUUUUGAAACUAAAGGCUUCCCUCUUACAGUAAUGCCACUGUCAAUACUAUCACAUGACACUGUGUGAGGAAGGAGGGAGAGAGAGAGAAAUACAGAAAUCUACCACAAAUUAAUGGAAUCAAUGAUGGCGUGUGGAUAAGAGGGGGAUUUUCACUCAAAUGUAAGGAAUAAGUUGACAGUGAAAGAUUUUUUUUGUUGCCGUUGAAAGAAUCUAGUGGGAGUCCAAGGAUGGAGAGGGAGCUUGAUGACUUAAUAGACUUAAUGACCUAAUGCUAAUUCUAAUAGGUUCCAGGGGGAAUCGAGAAUGACUGACUACCUCAAAAAGCAAUCAGAUUUCUGCUAGUCAUAUUGAUAGCCAUGACUGUUCCCCUCUGUAGUAAAAUGAUGAAGCUUCUUUGAAAAGGCAUACACUGUUAGAAUGUGAUAUUGCCAUAUAAUUUACUUUCCAUUGUAUGCCCUAUCAUUAUGAGUCAUGUGCAGUGCUUAAUUUGUAAAUCAGAGGUGCCGGAACUAAAAGUGAGCGGGAGAGGGGGGUGGGGAGCUCCGAGAUCAUAUGAGAUUAUUUUUUUGCCUUUAUAAUAAAGCAUUGCAUGCAUAUCAUGGCAUUUGCGUAGUGGCAUAGAGCAGUAGACUAGAGGCACUUACAGAAGUUGCACACAUGGGGGACAUUUGUAGUAGCCUAGGGUGCGGGAAAAAUGUGGCCUUUUAUAAAUGCAUUUCAUGCAAUUCUGCAUCAUUUUACAUGACUUUUUUUAACACUGCACAAAUUAUCUAAAUGACAGUCUACUUUGACACUGACAAACUGAGAAUCUAAGAUCAAUAAAAAAGACCUUGUCUUGAAUCUAUCAAUAGCCUAGGCCUAGGUGUGUGAAGACACACAUAUUGUAGGCUACAAUAUGAGGAGAAAAUGAAAGUCCUAAAACUGCUUUCCAGUUUCACUGACUCACCCAAUGAUGCUCAGCUUACUCGCCGGUGAUGGAUGACGUGUUCGUGCCAAAAGCCUAUAUUUCUGUCUUGUUUUACCUUGUAAAACAAUAUUUGAAAGUUGAAUAUUUUGGUAGCCUACAGCAGACAGACUAGAGUCUUCUCUUUUCAGCAGGAGCCAUUUGUUUUCCAACCUGUGUUUUCCAGCGAUUGUAUUUGACAUUUUGGGAAAGGCCUGUUUUGUCUGCAUGCUGUUCACUGACAGAUUUGCCUCGCGUUCCUGACUGGAUGCUAUGCCUUGUUAUUGGGCUACACACAAUCCACAGCAAUAAUACAAAAAAAAGGCCUUCUCAUGGUGUAGUAGGCUAUUCUGAAUUAUUUCAUUUCUUUCUGAACAGACAGCAGUAAUUCUAUAACUUUGGCAAAUUUAUUUCAAUUAAUCAGGGGUGCUGCGGCUCCUCCAGAACCUAUGAUUCUAUAAUGAAGUCAAUUAUUAAGUGCAACACUGGAGAGAUGAGAGUUGCAGGCUCAUUUCUAUCAGAGCAGAGAGAGGGAGAGAGAUCAUAGAAAGUGAAUCUCAUUCUAGUUCGGUGAGAGAUACAGGCGCGCUUCUCACACAGCCACGCGUUUGUCUCAAACAGGUUGUAAUGUUGCGCAAACCAUAAGCCCGGCCCAACCCGAAUAAACUCUUAGAAUAUCAGGAAAUAACUUGACAGUCAUGAGUUGAAGGGUUCAAUCAUCAUAUUCACUGGCUUUGUACAGUUUAUUCAACUUCAGGUUCGUUUGGAUAGAAGUUAGGAGAUUGAGUUAAAUCAAUGUGCUUGAAACCAUGGCAAUACGGUUCACUGUGGAGUAGCCUUCAAGUCUACCAGUCCAAUAUUUUUCACCUAGUUUAUUAUUAUUAUUUGAUGACCUGUACAAGGAAGGUGAUUCCAUUAUCAUGUCCUUGAUAUGAAAUAAUCUCUAUAUUAACUUGGCGGAGAAAUAUGUUAGAUUCCUCAGUCAGAUGUGAGCGAAAACACAUAACAUCUAUUGGGUUAGUAUACCUUUUUAGCCCAUUGAAAUCCUUGUGUACACUGUUGGUUAUUCACCCUUGUUCUAUACAUUUCAACUGAAAAGGAAGUAGCUCUGAGGUGAACAGGUAGUUUUAAAGUUUGGCUACUACAAAGUAAUAGUAUGCCUCUUAAAACAAGAAUACAUACUUUUUUUUUAUCUCCUUCUCUCCCCUGUUGUCAUGGUAUCCACAUGCUAUAUUAAUAAAGUUGCCAUGUGACCAUGUUGCAGGUGUCUCUGGACCAGUACCACACAGAGGAGGAGAUCUACCAGCUGUCUCUACAGAGAGAGCCACGCAGUGCUAAACCAGCAGUGAGUGCUAUGGGCCAGGGCCCUCAGGGGCCAAUAGGAAACAAAUGCGUUCUUAUAGCCAAUAAGAAGCACAUUUCUUUAUUAUAUCUUAUAGUUUAUGUUUUUACAAUUUAUACAGGAAGUCAAUGUAUUCUUAUAGUUUGUAGGAAACCAAUGUGUUAAUCUUCUCAUGACAUUUGAACACCCGUGUUCUCUCAUGUCUUCUCAUUGGUCUGGCAGAACUCUGGCCCCGCCCCCGCUCCCGCCACCAAGCCCUCGAUGAUUGACGAGUGGGCAGCGUCGGUGAAGCCCAAAGCCGACCCUGCGGUCAUCAACAAACACAUAGAGAAGAUGGUGGACGUACGUUAUGCUAGCUAAGUCUCUCACAGCUUGGUUGAAAUAACUAAUUACAAGUUGUUGAAGGGAUGUUAUUGGCUUGGAACAUAGUAGUUAUCCUCUCCACUACCCUCUUAUUAAUCACAACAAGUCACUGGAAUGACAACCAUAGUACUCUUUGUUUUGAAUGUCGGAUAUGUUGUAAUGAUGUGUGUUUCCACGGUUACAGUCUGUCUUCAAGAACUUUGACAUGGAUGGGGAUGGUCACAUCUCCAGGGAGGAGUUUGAGAUCAUCAGGGACAACUUCCCCUACCUCAGCAAGUUUGGAGAACUGGACAAGAACCAGUGAGAGACAAAACCAGCAUCUUGGCAACUGCUACCAUAGGCUACAUAGCAACAGUCACGUAUAACUGAUAUUGUAACCAUACUAUGCGUAAUAGAAUCACACAGUUAGAUUAGGGAAGGAGACAUUAUGUUGUUAAUUUCUUUGUCUGUCUCUGUCUCUCUCUCAAUUUAAUUUAAUGGCUUUAUUGGCAUGGGAAACGUAUGUUAACAUUGCCAAAGCAAGUGAAGUAGAUAGUAAACAAAAGUGAAAUACAUAUUAACAGUAAACAUUACACUCAGAAGUUCCAAAAGAAUAAAGACAUUUCAAAUGUCAUAUUAUGUAUAUAUACAGUGUUGUAACAAUGUGCAAAUAGUUAAAGUACAAAUGGGAAAAUAAAUAAACAUAAAUAUGGGUUGUAUUUACCAUGGUGUUUGUUCUUCACUGGUUGCCCUUUUCUUGCUGCUGUGGUGGCACGCUGUGGUAUUUCACCCAGUAGAUAAGGGAGUUUAUCAAAAUUGGGUUUGUUUUCGAAUUCUUUGUAAUCUGAGAGAAAUAUGUGUCUCUAAUAUGGUCAUACAUUUGGCAGGAGGUUAGGACGUGCAGCUCAGUUUCCACCUCAUUUUGUGGGCAGUGUGCACAUAGGCUGUCUUCUCUUGAGAGCCAGGUUUGCCUAUGGCGGCCUUUCUCAAUAGCAAGGCUAUGCGCACUGAGUCUGUACAUAGUCAAAUCUUUCCUUAAGUUUGGGUCAGUCACAGUGGUCAGGUAUUCUGCCACUGUACUCUCGGUUUAGGGCCAAAUAGCAUUCUAGUUUGCUCUGUGUUUUUGUUAAUUCUUUCCAAUGUGUCAAGUAAUUCUCUUUUUGUUUUCUCAUGAUUUGGUUGGGUCUAAUUGUGUUGUUGUUGUCCUGGGGCUCUGUGGGGUGUGUUUGUGAACAGAGCCCUAGGACCAGCUCUGUCUCUGUCUCUGUCUGUCUGUCUGUCUCUGUCUCACCCCCUUUCCCUCUCUCUCUCUCACCAGAGAUGGGAAGAUCAGCAGAGAGGAGAUGAUCGACUACUUCAUGAAGGCCAGCUCUCUGCUCAACUGUAAGAUGGGCUUCAUCCACACCUUCACAGAGGCCACCUACGUCAAGCCCACCUUCUGUGAACACUGCACUGGCUUUGUGAGUACAAUGUCAGUUUGACCAUCUAUAAAUCCAUCCUCACACUUAUGUACAGUUUUUAACUAGAUUGAUUAAUUGAUUGACAAAUGGAUGCUUUUAAUGCUGAAAUAGUCCCUUAGUCAAAAUGGCUAUGGCUCUUUGAGCUUUGAAUACUCACUCCAAAAGACAAUUAGGUCCAUAUUCCCCUACUAUUCCCUUUUUAAAUGCAUGGAUUGAUCAAUUCAUUGGUGAAUGGUGAAAGAGCCCCUAGGACAGAAUGGCGGGGAUGGCUAUGGCCACGUCACAUCUGGCCCCUAUGACUGUGCAGCCAUUUUGUGGAAGUUCCAGACAAAUUUAUAAUUACGACAUUGGCACAUUUGAUUUAACCAGGAAACCCUUGAGGUUAGAAACCUAUUUUUGGAGGGGGACCUGGCAAGAGGUCAGCAGGAAGUAGUCACCGUGUACAUACAACACAAGAGCAAAAUAAAAACCAAUUACAAUGGUAAAUAAAAUUGUCUUCCAUCAGAGCUUGAAACUCAGCAAGCGAUACCCUCUCCUCCAGUUCGAAUUAUUUUGCAGCUCGCUCCAAGACAAAGGAUCAUUAUAGGAGAAUGAUCCUUUUUCCCCAUUUCAGUCCUGGCCUUAGGAACCGUGACAGAUAGUAGCACCUGAGAACAGAUACUAACCACACGUGUCUGCAUUAUUAUUCAGCAUCAUCAUUGGGUCUGGUCUACACCAUGCCAAUUAUUUGGAGAUGCAGUUCUGGGAUAGUGAGGUAAUUGGGCUCCUUGACAAGCCCUGGGUCAAACAUAAUAUUUUGACUUCUUCACAUUUUUCAGCCACAACGCAAUGAAAAAAACAAGCUGCCCAGCACCAUUAUGGAGUUCAGUGGCCUUUGGUGACUCAGACAUAUCUUCGUAAUCCAACAUUGUUUUAAUAUCUCUCUUCUGACAGCCCCCGCUGUAGUCUUAUCGCAUACUUAAUGGAGCUAGAGCUUAAAGCUCCUUGUGAAUGGGUGUCUGUACUCUCUGUGUAGUUCAAGCUGGGAGAUAGAGGGUGCAUCCCAAAUGGCACCCUAUACCCUAUGUUUUACCAGGGACCUGGUCAAAAGUAGUGCACUAAAUAGGAAUUGGGUUCCAUUUGGUACGAAGCCAGGCAGGGAGCGAGUGUUGUAAUGCUCUGGGGGCUAGGGCUAGGCUAUUCAAGGGGCCAGUUGUAAGAUUGGUGUUUAACUCUCUAUUAGGUCAUGUUUGUUGAAAUGAGACUUUGCCAUGGGGACUCUCGAGGCCUCUUGGUGACUGGUGGGAGUUUUUGUAGUCCUCUAUUGGUGUAGGAAAGGUGUCGUUUUUGAAAGGAAAGGAAUUCUCUUUGAACUUAUGGCUGGUAAGUGUUUUGGUGGCAUUGAGGCUCUGUCUGUCCAUGUGUCUGUCUGUGUGUGUGUGUGUAGGGUCAGGUUAUUUUCUCUGUCCUCAGAUCUCUGAUGUGGCUGUGAUCUCCUGGACAGGUCUUUCAUGUCAUUGUACCCCCGCGGUGGGCUCCUAGCGUCUGCUUGAUCUCACUCCCCCACCUCCUCUUCCCUCUGCCUCUCCUCCACACCUCCCUCUGUUCCUGUACCUCCCCAUCUCUUUCUACCUCUAAUGCUCACUCUCUUUCUGUCACUCUUUCUCUUUCUACCUCUCGCUUUCUUUUUCUACCUGUCACUCUUUUUUCCUCUCUCUCUCUCUAUACUUCCCUCUCGUUCUACCUUGCUGUCUCUCCCCACUUCCACCAGCUCCUUCUCCGCAUUUGUCAUCCUCUUCUCUCUCUGAUCCCUGUCCCUGUCACUCUGCCCUAAUCUGUCACUAGACGCCCUUCCUUGGCUUCAUGUUCCAAGAAUUUCAUGAAGAGAAGUUACAAAUUACUUUUCUCCCUCUUCCUUCUCUCACUAUCGCUCUCUCUCUCUCUAGAUAUGGGGCUUCUACAAACAGGGAUACAAGUGUAAAGGUAAGAGAAUCAAUACAUUUAGCUAACUUGAAUAGUUCAAAUAGCUAUGAAAUAAAAAAUUGAUCGAUUCUGCCACACUUGGCGUCAUUGAAUUACCAAUUCCCUUUGUCAUCAUUGAUGCAAACAAUCGUCACUCGAACCAAAGGUGGCUUUGAGCUUCAUGUCAACAGCAUGGAAGCCAUGGUAAAUACAUCAGACUACAUUACAUUACCCCCUUAAAGGGCUCCCUUUGAAAACACUUGAACAGAGCACACCGGAACAUAAAAUAAACCUUUGUGAUUUGAGGGUCUCCAUCAGGACACUGUUUGUAGAAGCUGUCUCAAGGGUAGACACAUUGUAGAAACACACAGCAGACUGCAUUUGAACCUGACCACCCGACAAGUGUCAUCACUAGGGCCAGGAGUUUUACCAUGUGAACCUGACCAGGAAACACUCCUAGCCCUAAUCAUUCUCACCAUAUCCAUGGAAAUAUAGACAGACCGACCUUCAAGACAAAUUAUAAUCUGUCCCCCUCACCUGCUCAAAGUCACACGGCAGACUUCCGCUAGCGCCAACCUACAUUAGCAUACCAUUUAUCUCUGUCUGUACUACACUCUGUACUCAGUAGACUGUGUCUGUCUCUCAGUCUGCAUCCCAAAUGGCCCUAUGGGCCCUAGUCAAAAGUGGUGCUCUACGUAGGAAAUAGGGUGCAGUUUGGGAUGCAGCUUCAGUGUGUCUGCUCUACUCUGCUGAGGGCCUUAAUGAGAUGUGUGGAAGCCAAUGAGAGGCCCCAGUCAUUCAUUUCCAUUACCAUUGUUAGCCCCAGUCGCUGAGUAGGAGAGACGAUGGUGGAGGAUAAUUGAAAUGAAUUGGCUUGUCGCAGAUGGCGUAGAACAGAAGUGCUGAGUGUCUGGCGCUCUCGUGUGUGUGUGGAGUCUGAAUCAGUCUGGGUGUUAUAUACAGAGACAUUUAUCAAAGCUAACCUUCGCUGAUGUGGACGUUUUACUGAAAGCGAGAGGUGUUUCGAAAUCAAUGAGUGAGUGAGUGCACGAAUGGGAGAGUGUGUGGAUAAGAGCGUCUGCUAAAUGACUAAAAUGUAAGUGUGUGUGUGUGAAUCUGAAUCUCUUUCACUGCCACCCUGGACAUCCCUGCUCCCCCUUUUCUACCUACUCCAAGAGUGUCCUUCGUUGUCAGAGCUGUUGUCAGGGUCUGUCUGCAUGGCAGUGUGUGUGUGUCAGUGUGUGUGCAUCUGCACUGUGUGUAAGAGCACCUACCUCUCGCCACUCGCUCGUCCCUUUGCCCCAAUGUUUCUUUUUGCACCCCUCCAUCUCUCUUAAACGUUGCCGCUCUCUCCUCCCCAUCCCUGAUCUCUCAACCCUCCUUUACCUUGCACUCGUUCCCUCCAACUCUUUCUCCCUCCCGGUCUAAACCGGCAUUCUUCCCUCGUUCCUUCUUAUCUUCCUCUCCCCUAUCUCUCUCCCUCUUUCUCUCCCUGUCCCCCCCCCUCUCUGAAUUAUUCUCCCCCUCCCCCUCUCUCUCCCCCCAUCUCUCCCUCCUUCGGACAGCUUGUGGAAUUAACUGUCACAAGGCGUGUCAAGGUCGUCUGGCAGUGGAGUGUCGUAAACGGACCAAGAGCAUCAGCCACGAGCACGCACCCUCUCUCCAGGCCCGCUCCUACAGCUUCCCCCCUCCGGCCAACACCCCACCCAGCCUACAGAACACAGGUGAGGAACCCCCCCCCCCCCCCUUCAACCUCCAAUCUGGUUCUACUAAUACUAUUGCCCACAUCUCACCACGAUUCUUCAGAUUUUGUGUUUCUCAAGAACCAGUAGCAUCAUACUUCAACCAGGUAGUCUUUACAGAAGGUUAUGAGAUGGAAUGGUACAGUAUGUUUUAGGGCUGACCCAAAUUAGUCGACUGAUUGAUUGUUUGGUCGACAGGCUGUUGGUUGAUGUAGUUGAUUGUUUGGUCGACAGGCUGUUGGUCGAUGGAGAUUUAAAAACAUUUGUCGAGCAGUAGUAUACUGUGUGUGUAUAUACAUUAUGUAUGUAUAUACUUUUAUAUAUGUGUGUGUGUGUGUGUGUGUACAGUGCAUUCGGAAAGUAUUCAGACCCCUUCACUUUUUCCACAUUUUGUUACAUUACAGCCUUAUUCUAAAAUGGAUUAAAUAUUUAUUUAUUACUCAUCAAUCUACACACAAUACCCCAUAAUGACAAAGCAAAAACAGGUUUUUAGAAUUGUUUGCAAAUUUACUAAAACAAAAAAAAACUAUCACAUUUACAUAAGUAUUCAGACCAUUUACUCAGUACUUUGUUGAAGCACCUUUGGCAGCGAUUACAGCCUCGAGUCUUCUUGGCACACCUGUAUUUGGGGAGUUUCUCCCAUUCUUCUCUACAGAUCCUCUCAAGCUCUGUCAGGUUGGAUGGGGAGCGUUGCUUAUUUACAUAAGUAUUCAGACCCUUUGCUAUGAGACUCAAAUUUGUGCUCAGGUGCAUCCUGUUUCCAUUGAUCAUCCUUGAGAUGUUUCUACAACUUGAUUGGAGUCCACCUGUGGUAAAUUUGAUUGCUUGGCGCACACACCUGUCUAUAUAAGGUCCCACAGUUGACAGGAUUUUGUUGAGGCACAGAUCUGGGGAAGGGUACCAAAGCAUUUAUGCAGCAUUGAAGGUCCCCAGGAACACAGUGGCCUCCAUCAUUCUUAAAUGGAAGAAGUUUGUAACCACCAAGAAUCUUCCUAGAGCUGGCCGCCCAGCCAAACUGAGCAAUCGGGGGAGAAGGACCUUGGUCAGGGAGGUGACCAAGAACCAGAUGGUCACUCUGACAGAGCUUCAGAGUUCCUCUGUGGAGAUGGGAGAACCUUCCAGAAGGACAACCAUCUCUGAAGCACUCCACCAAUCAGGCCUUUAUGGUAGAGUGGCCAGACGGAAGCCACUCCUCAGUAAAAGGCACAUGACAGCCCACUUGGAGUUUCCCAAAAGGCGCCUAAAGGACUCUCAGACCAUGAGAAACAAGAUUCUCUGGUCUGAUGAAACCAAGAUUGAACUCUUUGGCCUGAAUGCCAAGCGUCACGUCUGGAGGAAACCUGGCAACAUCCCCAUGGUGAAGCUGUGGGGAUGUUUUUCAGCGGCAUGGACUGGGAGACUAGUCAGGAUCGAGGCAAAGAUGAACAGAGCAAAGUACAGAGAGAUCCUUGAUGAAGACCUCAGACUGGGGCGAAGGUUCACCUUCUAGCAGGACAAAGACCCUAAGCACACAGCCAAGACAACGCAGGAGUGGCUUCGGGAAAAGUCUCUGAAUGUCCUUUAGUGGCCCAGCCAGAGCCCGGACUUGAACCCGAUCGAACAUCUCUGGAGAGACCUGAAAAUAGCUGUGCAGUGACGCUCCCCAUCCAACCUGACAGAGUUUGAGAGGAUCUGCAGAAAAUGGGAGAAACUCCCCAAAUACAGGUGUGCCAAGCUUGUAGCGUCAUACCCAAGAAGACUCGAGGCUGUAAUCGCUGCCAAAGGUGCUUCAACAAAGUACUGAGUAAAGGGUCUGAAUACUUAUGUAAAUGUGAUAAACCUGUUUUUGCUUUGUCAUUAUGGGGUAUUGUUUGUACAUUGAUAAGGGAAAAAACGAUUUAAUCCAUUUUAGAAUAAGGCUGUAACGCGACAAAGUGGAAAAGGUCAACGGGUCUGAAUACUUUCUGAAUGCACUGUAUAUUUAGGUGCAGGAGCUCCACAAUACUUUUGAGCUAAUAUUCUAUAGGAGGAACAGGAGCUCAAGCAGUAGAACAUUUUAGGUGUCGGUACUCCGCUCCGGUGAGCUCCUGCCUAAGUCAAGCACUGCUUCUUAUCCAUUGCGCAAAUAACCUAGACUACACUUGUGUGUCUGGAGCGCACUGGCAUGGGAAACUCUGAGGGCCCAGAAUAUUUUAUACAAUGUUGCAAGUUCGCUAGCACAAGCUUCGGGCCGGACCCAGUUAAUAGUUUGUAGGCUAUUUUUUACAUAGUUUGCAAUGGCAAUAGAAGUUACUUUUUAGGUUUGUAUCAUUUUCAUUUGGAUAGAAUGUUUAUUAACCACAUGACAAUGAUUUUGAGAUAUGAAGAAGUUUAUUAUAAAUUAAAUUAAACUGUUCCAUGAAAAUGUGCAUAUGAAUAACUGGCACACAGAUCGGUAUAUUUUUAUUAAUGCCAAUGCUGUUUUCUAGGCUUGUUUUCGCUUAAUACUUUGGGAUAAUGGUGCUCUGUCGGAUUUGAUGAGGGUUGCCAGAGUAAAAAGCUGUAUUUCUCUGGGUUUUUUUGUGGUAUUGAUGAAGGUAUUUGAUUGGGGAAUGGGGAUACAUUUUCAUGAUGGAAAAUGAAUUUCUCAAUAAAUGUGGAGAAACAGAAGACCUGCAAAAAAAAUCAGUUUUGGUUUAAAUUCCCCUGGUACCAACUGCAUGGUAUUUGCAACUAUAACGUGUCUGGUCUAUGAUCAAUUAAGCCAUAUCAAUGCAGUUCAACAGGUUAAUGUAAAUAAUGAAUUAUGUUGGCUUACACUCCAAGGCUGUUUCAUUAUGAUUAUUACGGUCGUGUCAAUCAUGUUAUAUACUUAAGCUAUUGUAACAAGGCAUAUGUCAGCAUUGUAGGCCUACUGCCUCUGCCCAGAGGACUACUUUCAUGGCAACAGCCGUUAGAGCUCACUUUGCCACGUAUGAGCCCUGGUUAGAGUCCCUGUUGUAGCGGAAGAAAGUAAAAGCUGCAUUGGUGGCAGCGUUGGGAUCGCGUCCAGCUCACGUCUAGUUAUGUGAUCUAGUGGUGGGAAUAGGGCUGUUGCAGUGACCAUAUUACCGCCACACCGGCGUUCACAAGUCAUGAAGACAGUCAAAUUCCACAUGACCGUUUAGUCACAGGAAUUAGGCUUCUCCAAGCUCUGAUGCUGCUCAUGGUCAUUAGUAGCCUACCAAACUUGCUAACUGCCUGGUACUCAGCACUCUAUUGGCCCUCUAAUGACUCUGACAUCAAUGCAAAUGUAUUCAAAAAUCGAAUCAAACACAUCAUGAGAGCCCAUGAGCUCAUGUUGCGCAACAUUUCUAUAGGCUAUGCAAUUGCGUGAGAAAACAGAGUGAUGGCCUCUACUAAAUAGAGGAGGAUCCCAUCAGCUUUCUAUAGGCUAGGCCUACUAUUUAUUUCUCAACUUUCCUAAUAUUAAGCACAUUGCUUAUCUUUACAACAGGAGUAUAGCCUACAUGGAAAUGAAUCACGGGAAAAGCAUCCUCCAUCCGCUAUUUAAGUGCAUUGAUUAUAUGUAUUUUUUCCGCGGCCCCUGUUUCGAGACAGAUGCAUGAUAAUGGUCCAUUCUAAAUUAAAACAAAUUUCAUAUUUAGUAUAUGUAAAGACAAGAUUAAAUCAAGAAUAGUCUGAUGGGUGACAAUAUUAGCCUAUCACUUAUGAAUGAUAUAUUAUCAUUAUAUUAAGCAGCGUGUGAGUUUCAAGUUUGGGGAAGAUAAUUUUCACCAUUAAAAACGCAUCUUUAUAAUAAAAGCAUUACAUGCAUAAUCGCAUUUGCGGUCACAUUUGAUAAUGGCGUUUUCCCGCUAAUGGAACAUUCCCGCUUAUAGCCUAAUGCCAUGUGCGCAUUGCUGCGCUCAUAAUGUGAAGAAAUAGCCUAAUUCUAUAUCAACAUUUUAAGCUAAACGUUCUGAUCUGUUGUGUCAGCCACAUUGCGUUAAAGUUUUUUUGAUGCUAGUGGUUGUAUUAAUUUGGUAUCUUUUGCAUCCUACAACUGUCCCAGACUAUGUUUGGAAUAUUUAUUUCUCGCACAGAAUAGGUCAACCUUUGUACUAUGGGGGAUAGUAGAUUGACAUAUGCUAGUGCUUUUGCUGUUCGUUAGGCCUACUCAUCUUGUUGGCUGACAAAAAGUAAAUGUGGACAGUUCUUCCAAUAUCUUCAAUAUAUGCACCUCGGAAUUGGAUAAGGACAUGCGCAGUUGCGUCCCCGAUGUGUCUGUCUUCACUUGUAGCCUGUGAGAAAGACCCGAUCACGUGAUGGAGCACGUGCAGCACUCAGUGAGCACUUCGGAGCGCGCACUCAGGGAGAAGGGCACAACAAAGGCAUGGAUUUUUUUAGGGUGCAUUAUGGCCACAAAGGGGAUGCUGCCGUGAAGUUCGAGGCAUUAUCAAGUGCUUGUCAAAUUGUGAAUGAGAAGUGUGUACAGCCUGCACAAAAAACAAAGCAGAGCUCAUGCCUUUCAAGCAACUUUUUUUCAAAUCAUCAUUAGCGUCGCAUCAUGCAGCUUUUUAAAAUGUAUAAAAAAUCUAAACAUAUAGCCCAACGUUUGUAGAACUGAAGUUACAUUAACUCUAAAUUAAGCAUACAGUGAGGGAAAAACGUAUUUGAUCCCUUGCUGAUUUUGUACGUUGCCCACUGACAGACAUGAUCAGUCUAUACUUUUAAUGGUAGGUUUAUUUGAACAGUGAGAGACAAAAUAUCAACAACAAAUAUCCAGAAAAACGCAUGUCAAAAAUGUUAUUUUUUACAUUUACGUCCUUUAGCAGACACUCUUAUCCAGAGCGACUUACAGGAGCAAUUAGGGUUAAGUGCCUUGCUCAAGGGCACAUCGACAGAUUUUUCACCUAGUCGGCUCAGGGAUUAGAACCAGCGACCUUUCGGUUACUGGCACAAUGCUCUUAACCACUAAGCUAUUUGCAUUUGAAUGAGGGAAAUAAGUAUUUGACCCCUCUGCAAAACAUUACUUAGUACUUGGUGGCAAAACCCUUGUUGGCAAUCAGAGGUCAGACGUUUCUUGUAGUUGGCCACCAGGUUUGCACACAUCUCAGGAGGGAUUUUGUUCUACUCCUCUUUGCAGAUCUUCUCCAAGUCAUUAAGGUUUCGAGGCUGACGUUUGGCAACUCGAACCUUCAGCUCCCUCCAUAUUUUUUCUAUAGGAUUAAGGUCUGGAGACUGGCUAGGCCAUUCCAGGACCUUAAUGUGCUUCUUCUUGAGCCACUCCUUUGUUGCUUUGGCCGUGUGUUUUGGGUCAUUGUCAUGCUGGAAUACCCAUCCACUACCCAUUUUCAAUGCCCUGGUUGAGGGAAGGAGGUUCUCACCCAAGAUUUGAUGGUACAUGGCCCCGUCCAUCGUCCCUUUGAUGCGGUGAAGUUGUCCUGUCCCCUUAGCAGAAAAACACCCCCAAAGCAUAACGUUUCCACCUCCAUGUUUGACGGUGGGGAUGGUGUUCUUGGGGUCAUAGGCUGCAUUCCUCCUCCUCCAAACACGGCGAGUUGAGUUGAUGCCAAAGAGCUCGAUUUUGGUCUCAUCUGACCACAACACUUUCACCCAGUUCUCGUCUGAAUCAUUCAGAUGUUCAUUGGCAAACUUCAGACGGCCCUGUAUAUGUGGUUUCUUGAGCAGGGGGACCUUGCGGGCGCUGCAGGAUUUCAGUCCUUCACGACGUAGUGUGUUACCAAUUGUUUUCUUGGUGACUAUGGUCCCAGCUGCCUUGAGAUCAUUGACAAGAUUAUUCCGUGUAGUUCUGGGCUGAUUCCUCACCAAUCUCAUGAUCAUUGCAACUCCACGAGGUGAGAUCUUGCAUGGAGCCCCAGGCCGAGGGAGAUUGAAUGGUCUUUUGUGUUUCUUCCAUUUGCGAAUAAUCGCACCAACAGUUGUCACCUUCUCAUCAAGCUGCUUGGCGAUGAUCUUGUAGCCCAUUCCAGCCUUGUGUAGGUCUACAAUCUUGUCCCUGACAUCCUUGGAGAGCUCUUUGGUCUUGGCCAUGGUGGAGUUUGGAAUCUGAUUGAUUGAUUGCUUCUGUGGACAUGUGUCUUUUAUACAGGUAACAAGCUGAGAUUAGGAGCACUCCCUUUAAGAGUGUGCUCCUAAUUUCAGCUCAUUACCUGUAUAAAAGACACCUGGGAGCCAGAAAUCUUUCUGAUUGAGAGGGGGUCAAAUACUUAUUUCCCUCAUUAAAAUGCAAAUCGAUUUAACAUUUUUGACAUGCGUUUUUCUGGAUUGUUUUGUUGUUAUUCUGUCUCUCACUGUUCAAAUGAACAUACCAUUAAAAUUAUAGACUGAUCAUUUCUUUGUCAGUGGGAAAACAUACAAAAUCAGCAGGGGAUCAAAUACUUUUUUUCCUCACUGUGUCUCCAGCUUCAGAGAUUUUUGCAGUUCGUUCCAGUCAUUUGCAGCAGAGAACAGGAAGGAAUGGCGACCAAAGGAGGUGUUGGCUUUGGGGAUGACCAGUGAGAUAUACCUGCUGGAACGCAUACUAUGGGUAGCUGUAGCAAGCAGCAACAGUGAGAGACUUAUUUCUGGAAAGGUGGAUUUUUAGAAGUAGAAGCUCAAACUGUUUGGGCACAGACCUGGAUAGUAUGAUAGAGCUCUGCAGGCUCUCUCUACAGUAGAUUGCAACUCCGCCCCCUUUGGCAGUUCUAUCUAGAUGGAAAAUGUUGUAGUUGGGAAUCGAAAUGUCAGAAUCUUUGGUGGCCUUCCUAAGCCAGGAUUCAGACACUGCUAGAACAUCAGGGUUGGUGGAGUGUGCUAACGCAGUGAAUAACUCAAACUCAGGGAGGAGGCUUCUGAUGUUAACAUGCAAGAAACCAAGGCUUUUACGGUUACAGAAGUCAACAAAUGAUAGCGCCUGGGGAGCAGGAGUGAUACUGGGGGCUACAGGGCCUGGGUUAACCUCUACAUUACCAGAGGAACAGAGGAGGAGUAGAAUAAGGAUACGGCUAAAGGCUUUAAGAACUGGUCUUCUAGUGCGUUGGGUACAGAGAGAAAAAGGGGCAGAUUUCUGGCCGUUGUAGAAUAGAUUCAGGGCAUUAUGUACAGACAAGGAUAUGGAAAGAUAUGAGUACAGUGGAGGUAAACCUAAGCGUUGGGUAAUAAUGAAAAAGAGAGCAUCACUGGAGGCACCGAUUGAGCCGGUCUCCGCGUGUGUGGGGGGUGGGACAAAGGAGCUAUAUGUGACAGGUUGAGCAGGACUGGGGGCUCUACAUUGAAAAAGUACAAUUAGAACUAACCAAAACAGCAAUAGGCAUGGCAUAUUGACAUGGGAGAGAGGCAUAAAGCAGUCACAGGUGUUAUUCGAGAGAGCUAAGACAACAGCUGGUAAUGGCGACGAAAGUUUGAGCUGAGGCUAAACAGAUAAACAGGAUGGGGUACCGUAUAAAGGAACAGUCCAGCAGGCAUCAGCUGUGUAGCUGAGUGAUCCUAAGGUCCAGUGAACAGCAAUAAGUAAGUCCGGGAGCAGUUCAGUGGCUGCUAUGCUACAGGCGAGCUGGAGGCACGGCUGUUGAUUGCGUGUGCUAGCGGGCCGGGGCUAGCAGAUGGAUCUUCGUGGUCGUCGCAACGGGAAGCCUGUUGAAACCACAUCAGACGAUAAAGUCGGCAGACCAGUCGUGAUGGAUCGGCGGGGCUCCAUGUCAACACUAGGAGGUCCCAUCCGGUGGACAGAGGGGUAGAUAGCCGGGAGAUGGGCCUGGCUCGAGGCUAGCUCAAGGCUAACUGGGGUUAGCUUCAGGACAGUGGUGAUUAGCCAACAACGACAACAGCCAUUCGGUUGCAGCUAGCUAGUUGCGAUGAUCCGAUGUUAAGGUCCAGUGAUUCCGGCAGAAAAUCAGAUAUGCUCUGGCUCGAUAGCGCGAUGUGCAGACUGGCCAAUAAUUGUCCAGGCUAGAGCUGGCUUGUAGGUAGUGCAGGCCACGGCCACGGACAAUGGUGAAGACCGCUAACGGUGGCUAAUAGCAAGUAGCUAGUUAGCUGGCUAGUAGGCUAGUUUCAGCCAGAGGUUCUGGAUAAAAAUGUAUGAAGAAAUAAUAGAAUCCGUUCCACAUUGGGUGAGGCGGGUUGCAGGAAAGUUAAAGGAUGGAAAGUGAGAUUGAGAAAUAUAUACGAAAAAAAACUAAACAAAAAAACCUUCUAUUUACAUGAGGAUACUACUGAAAACACGACCGCACUGCUAUGCCAUCUUGCUAUAUCUAGUGAACAAUGGAUAAGCAACAAUAGGCAUGACGGAAAGAAGUAGUCACUACAGGUGUGAUCAAGCCUUACUUCAAAGUUGCCUGAAGCUAAAUGGAAAGUGCUAUGCCCUGACCAGUUAUUCAGAAGAAAAUCCUCUGAUUUGUUAAUUUACAUAAGUUAACUUACCAGUAAUAUUAAUCACUGUUGAUCCAUCCUGUUCUGAUCUAAUGAGAUGGAUGUAGGAUUUUCUACAGCCUAGAAUCGAGGCCUUUCCCAGUCAUGAAGGACAAAGAUAGGCUGGUUGGUUCUCAUUGGCGAAGACUGAAAUCAAGUUAGGGGUUAUACAUUGGGGAGAACAAGUAUUUGAUACACUGCCGAUUUUGCAGGAUUUCCUACUUACAAAGCAUGUAGAGGUCUGUCAUUUUUUAUCACAGGUACACUUCAACUGUGAGAGAUGGAAUCUAAAACAAACAAAAAUCCAGAAAAUCACAUUGUAUGAUUUUUAAGUAAUUAAUUUUCAUUUUAUUGCAUGACAUAAGUAUUUGAUACAUCAGAAAAGCAGAACUUAAUAUUUGGUACAGAAACCUUUGUUUGCAAUUACAGAGAUCAUACGUUUCCUGUAGGUCUUGACCAGGUUUGCACACACUGCAGCAGGGAUUUUGGCCCACUCCUCCAUACAGACCUUCUCCAGAUCCUUCAGGUUUUGGGCUGUCACUGGGCAAUACAGACUUUCAGCUCCCUCCAAAGAUUUUCUAUUGGGUUCAGGUCUGGAGACUGGCUAGGCCACUCCAGGACCUUUAGAUGCUUCUUACGGAGCCACUCCUUAGUUGCCCUGGCUGUGUGUUUCAGGUCGUUGUCAUGCUGGAAGACCCAGCCACGACCCAUCUUCAAUGCUCUUACUGAGGGAAGUUGGUUGUUGGCCGCGAUACAUGGCCCCAUCCAUCCUCCCCUCAAUACGGUGCAGUCGUCCUGUCCCCUUUGCAGAAAAGCAUCCCCAAAGAAUGAUGUUUCCACCUCCAUGCUUCACGGUUGGGAUGGUGUUCUUGGGGUUGUACUCAUCCUUCUUCUUCCUCCAAACACAGCGAGUGGAGUUUAGACCAAAAAGCUCUAUUUUUGUCUCAUCAGACCACAUGACCUUCUCCCAUUCCUCCUCUGGAUCAUCCAGAUGGUCAUUGGCAAACUUCAGACGGGCCUGGACAUGCGCUGGCUUGAGCAGGGGGACCUUGCGUGCGCUACAGGAUUUUAAUCCAUGACGACGUAGUGUGUUACUAAUGGUUUUCUUUGAGACUGUGGUCCCAGCUCUCUUCAGGUCAUUGACCAGGUCCUGCCGUGUAGUUCUGGGCUGAUCCCUCACCUUCCUCAUGAUCAUUGAUGCCCCACGAGGUGAGAUCUUGCAUGGAGCCCCAGACCGAGGGUGAUUGACCGUCAUCUUGAACUUCUUCCAUUUUCUAAUAAUUGCGCAAACAGUUGUUGCCUUCUCACCAAGCUGCUUGCCUAUUGUCCUGUAGCCCAUCCCAGCCUUGUGCAGGUCUACAAUUUUAUCCCUGAUGUCCUUACACAGCUCUCUGGACUUGGCCAUUGUGGAGAGGUUGGAGUCUGUUUGAUUGAGUGUGUGGACAGGUGUCUUUUAUACAGGUAACGAGUUCAAACAGGUGCAGUUAAUACAGGUAAUGAGUGGAGAACAGGAGGGCUUCUUAAAGAAAAACUAACAGGUCUGUGAGAGCCGGAAUUCUUACUGGUUGGUAGGUGAUCAAAUACUUAUGUCAUGCAAUAAAAUGCAAAUUAAUUACUUAAAAAUCAUACAAUGUGAUUUUCUGGAUUUUUGUUUUAGAUUCCGUCUCUCACAGUUGAAGUGUACCUAUGAUAAAAAUUACAGACCUCUACAUGCUUUGUAAGUAGGAAAACCUGCAAAAUCGGCAGUGUAUCAAAUACUUGUUCUUCCCACUGUAUGUCAGACUGUCCUAUUGCUGCUGACAUUGAACAUAGCUUAGGUUUAGGGUAUUUAAUUCAUUUCAGACUCUCCUAUACCACUAUUCCCAACAUGUUAUACCCCAUAGGUUGUAAAUAAACCCUUUUUAAGGUGAUAUAACUUUAUCAUUAUUAGAGGGCUGUGAAGCCCAUAACCGAAUGGCUUCAGACUGAGCAUUUCUCACCAUUUAUUUAUGGAGAGCAAUAUCUGUUUUAUAACAGGUAGUGUCCAUUUAUAUACAGUAGUGUGUUGAUUAAUACAAAAUUGACAUAGCCUUGUAUUAAAUGCAUUAUGAAGAAAAUUGUCUACUGUUGUCUACACAAAAAAAGGGCCUUUCUGACUACAAGUGCACCAGUAUCCCAAAGUAUUAAGUGAAAACAAGCAUAGAAAACAGUAUUGGCAUAAGGCUACUAUUAUAUUAUAAUUAUUUCGGUGACAACCUGGUUGAUUAACAAUAUUGGGUUGUUGGCAUGCAUUGCUCUAACUUUCAAAAGAUUGUUUAAAGAACAAGUUUGCCCCCCCAAAAAAUGUAUUUUCCUACGAAUUAAGUCACACAACAAUGUGUGUCUUUUCACACAAAUUAAACCACACAGGGGCGGCAGGAAGCUUAGUGGUUAAGAGCGUUGUGCCAGUAACCGAAAGGUCGCUGGUUCUAAUCCCCGAGCCGACUAGGUGAAAAAUCUGUCUGUGCCCUUGAGCAAGGCACUUAACCCUAAUUGCUCCUGUAAGUCCCUCUGGAUAAAAGCUUCUACUAAAUGACUUUAAAAAGCAAAAAUAAAUGCAUGAAAUCUGCUGAAAUACUUUUUGUACAUAUUUGCACGAAUUGAGUGUGAGAUUGUGUUGACCAUUAGCAUUUAGUUCAAAUAAUUGUUUGACGAUCCCUUUGUCAUUCUGUCAUGCUGCCUUUUCAAUGUGUUCUGUGUCUCGCUUUGCAAUGUGUUCUGUCUCUCCACAAAUAGUUGUGCAAAAAUCACUGCAACGUGUGACGAGCGGAUGAAUCAUACAUCCAGGCACAAUUAAACCGCUUGGAAAUGCAUGGUUCCCUCUGUAUACCACUGUGUUAUAGAAGGAUAUUUUUUUAGUUGUAUGCUGUUCAGCAAUGCCCUUGUCUAAUGGAGUAUGCAAUGCUAUUAAUGGGUGUAAGAGCCAGCAGACUAUAUAGCAGGUAACCAUGGACACUCUCUCGCUCUUCCUCUCUCACGCUCCCUCUUUCUCGCGCUCCUUCGCUUGCGCUCCCUCGCGCUUCCUCUCUUGCUCUUUUCGUUCAUGGGAAAUGGUCCUCUGUAGCUCAAUUGGUAGAGCAUGGCGCUUGUAACGCCAAGGUAGUGGGUUCGAUCCCCGGGACCACCCAUACGUAAAAAUGUAUGCACACAUGACUGUAAGUCGCUUUGGAUAAAAGCGUCUGCUAAAUGGCAUAUUAUUAUAUUAUUUACAUUGCCAAAGCAAGUGAAAUAAACAAUCACAAAUUGACAGUUAACAUUAAGCACACAAGUUUCAAAAGAGAAAGAAGUAUGAAACGUUUUUCUUAACUAUCAACAGUGUUGUUACAAUGUUCAAAUAGUAGAAGUACAAAUGGAAAGGGAAAAUAAAUAUAGCUUUUUGCACUUUACUAAUCGCAACAGGUCACACAUUUUGCUGCGAUGAAUGCAAACUGUGGUAUUUCACCUAAUUUGUUCCCUGAUUAUUUUGGGGUCCUUGUAAUCUGAGGGAAAUAUGAGUCUCUUAUAUUGUUGUACAUUUGGCAGGACAUUACGAAGUGCAGCUCAGUUUCCACCACAUUUUGUAGGCAUUGGGCCAUGGACUGUCCGUUUUAUAGCCAAAUAUCAUUCAAGUUUACUUUGAGAAUGGUUAAUGUUUUCCCAAUAGGUAAUAUAAUUGUAUUUUUGUUUGGUUAUAAUUUGGUUGGACCAGAUUGUCUGAGUGCUGUCCUGAGGUUUUGUUGGGUUGGUAGUGGUUAAUGAACUUAGCCUCAGGACUAGCUGGAUGAGGGGACUUUUGUCUAUUUUCAUCUCUUGGCAUUUCAGGGCUUUGUAGUGGUAGGAGUGGGAGGUCUCUUGUUUUUAGGUGGUUAUAGAAUUUGAUGGGUCGUUUUGGGGUAUGAAUUAGUGAUGGAUAUUGGCCUGCCUGCGUGCGUUAUUAUUAUUAUUAUUAUUAUUAUUAUUAUUUCUCUUUUUUUCCUCCCUCCUUCUCACUCAGUGAUUGUAGAGGAAGACCUAGAGGAAGUGGAGGAAGGCAUGAUUGAUAUCCAUCUA